AGACCCGUAGAAAACAAACGAGGUUUGACAGACAGGGAAUUUAAUCCACGCCACUUGACUCUACGGCAGACCUUGCGAUUUCGUGUGUAUCGGUAAAUGUUUAUUUCUAGGGAAUUAUAUAGGAUUUUCCCAGGGAAUGUGUACGUGCUAGUAUAUAAGAGGUGGUUCAGAACCCCGUUCACAGUUUGUAUUGAAAGUUUCUAAGGAGAAGGUUAGUCUAUAAUCAUGGCGGAUAAUACAGAUGUAAUUGUAAAUCCUAAAGAGGAUAUAGUUGAUCCAUGGACUGUUCAAAGUUCAUCGGAAAAAGGAGUAGACUAUGACAAAUUAAUUGAUCAGUUCGGAAGUAUGAGAAUUAGCGAUGACCUCAUUAAACGAUUGGAGAAGGUUACAGGAAAACCAGUCCAUCAUUUUAUCAGAAGAGGAAUAUUUUUCUCUCACAGAGAACUAGAAAUGAUCUUAGAGAAGUAUGAGAAUAAGCAGCCAUUUUACCUAUACACCGGGAGAGGUCCAUCUUCUGAAGCCAUGCACUUGGGUCAUUUAAUACCUUUUAUAUGUACACAAUGGCUACAGGAAACAUUUGACGUACCAUUGGUAAUUCAAUUGACUGAUGACGAGAAAUUUUUGUGGAAAGAUAUAAAGGAUCCUGAUCAAACAUAUAAAUUGGCUUACGAGAACGCAAAAGAUAUCAUUGCAUGUGGUUUCGAUAUCAAUAAAACAUUUAUUUUCAGUGAUUUUGAUUAUAUCGGUGGAUGUCCUGAUUUUUACAAGAAUAUCUGUCGAAUUGAAAAAAAUGUGACGUUUAAUCAAGUGAAAGCUAUAUUUGGUUUUAAUGGGAGUAAUAAUAUUGGGCAAGUGAGUUUCCCUGCUAUACAAGCAGCACCUAGUUUCAGUUCAUCGUUUCCACUUAUAUUUGGUGGAAACACGAGGGUACCAUGUCUGAUUCCCUGUGCUAUAGAUCAGGAUCCAUAUUUCCGUAUGACCAGAGAUGUUGCUCCAAAACUGAAAUUUUUGAAACCAGCUCUUUUACAUUCUGUAUUUUUCCCAGCUUUACAGGGGGCUCAGGGUAAAAUGAGCUCAAGUGACCCAACAUCGUCGAUAUUUCUAACCGACACUCAACAAGAAAUUGAAGAUAAGAUAAAUAAGUACGCUUAUUCUGGUGGUGGAGCAACUCUUGAAAAACAUAGGAAAAAAGGAGGUGACCUUGAUACUGAUGUAUCAUACCAAUAUUUGCGUUUCUUUUUAGAAGAUGACGCUAAAUUAGACAGACUUGGAAAGGAAUAUAAGGCAGGAACUUUAGCAACUGGUGACUUGAAGAAAGAAUUAAUCGCAGUUCUACAGAAAAUUAUAGGUGAUCACCAAGCAGAGCGUAAAAAGGUCACAGAUGAAAUCGUAAAGCAAUAUAUGACACCUCGUCGUUUAAAUUAUAAAUACUAAAUUACUUCAGAACUUUUGCUUUCAAUUCAUUUCUAAUUUUUAAAAAGUAGAUGUCGUACAUUGAUAAUAAGAAUAAUAAUAGUACAUUCUUAUAUAGCGCAUUCUAAAACUUAACAAUUUACACAGUAAAAACGAUGGCACUUUACAAAAUAUGAAAUUUAAAAUUGUUACAGAUAAUAAAACUACAUAAGAGGAAAUUUCAGUAAUAAGUAUGUACGCGCUUUACAAAAUAUAAAAUUUUAAAUAAAACUGUAAUAAGAUAUGUAAAAGAGUAGCUAUAAAAACAAUAAAAACAUGACGAUAAAAAGUUUAACAUCCGAAAUGGCAGUGGAAAAGACGGGUUUUGAUUAUUUUUUGAAAGUUUCAAUGUUCAUCACGGCUCUAAUUCGCAUGUCAGUCCAUUCCAUAAAAUGAGAAGAUUCGGUCACCGUAAAAUAUAUUGUUCGCUCGACCUUUGGGGUAAGCAAAUGGUGGGGCUUGGGUAAAACGGGUGGUUCUUUGCGGGCGCUUGACGUCGACGUGUUUGCAGAGAUAUGCCGGUGUUAUAUCAUUCACUAUCUUAAAUAGUAACACUUUGAACUCAACACGUUCAACUACUAAGAGCCAGUGUAAUCUGAACAAAACGAGUAGGAUAGACUCACGUUUUCUGGUUCUAGUAACCAAUCUCGUGGCAGAAUUGUGAAGACUUUGCAACUUUUCAACCGCCUUUUGCCAAGGAUAUGAUACAAACUGGUACAGUAAUCCAAUCUCGAUGUUACUAGGCCAUGUACUAACUUUUCUGUUGUCUCUUGACUCAAGCUAAAAUUAGUGAGUAUUGCCACUGGUUGACGGAAUCUAGAAUAGUGAACUUCGAUUCCAAUUAUUUAAUUCCAUCCGUUUAUGAUCUUGGUAUAUUAUAUCCACUGAACGAGAAUCGGUUUCAGGCGAGUUACUUGCCCCUGAGUUAGAAAUCAGACUCAGCACAACUUAGUUGGCCUGUAAAAUUGAUAAUGUUGUGUUUUGUUGUUAAAAAUUGAUAAUAAGAAUCUCGUGAAUUUAUUUAUGAAACCUCAUCUAUUAAAUUAUAGAUAUUAGAAGAUUUCACCAAUACAUUUUGCUUAGAAUCCACCUCAAGUUAUGUUGUUUAAACCAUUUCUGAAAAUCAUCUGAACUUGAUCUGUGCCUUGAUCUGUAAAAUUGAUAACAAGAAUCUCAUCAAUGUAUUUUCUGUACAUACAUUUGAAGUAUUUAAAUAUAGCUUGUGUAACAAUAUAGAUCGAGGGGUAUAUGCUCUAUAUUAACAGAUAUUGGUUUUAGGUGAAUAUGGGAAUAGAUGUUGGCAAUAGUCAAAUUAUUGUUUUGAGAUAAAUUGGGAAUAACAGAAAUCUAUGACACUAUUAUACAUGAAAAGUUCUAUAGGACGAAAAACAUGAUGUUUCGAUGGGUUAAAAUGAUAUCAUGCCAUCACUUGUGUUGGAAAAUUCCUAUUGCAUCAUUUGGCUUAGUAUCCAAUAAUAUCAGUAAUUGCACAGAUUUGAGCGUGAUAGACUUCAAGGCCAAUACGAAUAUGGGUCCUAUAAAAAAGACUCUGUCGGGCCUUUAAGAUCAGAUAUCAUUGGGUUCCGGACAUAUACCAUGCAAGUUCGGUGGGGAUGACCAUCUGCGUUCCUAGAGACUGCCACUGAAUUCCCAGAGAGGGUGGAUAUCGCCUUGGUUCUUUAGAUGACCAUAUGAUGUAGCGGUUUCCGGAGUCUAGCCAUGCUGGUUAGACUUUAACAGGAGUUGGGGUUGAGAGAAAGAUGCUAAUGUAAUCUAUUAGGCAUUGUAACCAUAUGUAUCCAGCUUGACAUGUAAUGUAGAACUGAACUGUUGCAUUGUUAAUGAGAUAGUAAGAAGAAAAUACACAACGUGAAAAGGAAUCCAAAGAAGAUAAUUACAAAUAAUAGACGAUCACAGGGCUAUUAAAAUAUGUAGCAGAAGAGAGUAUGCGUCACACGUUGGAUGUGGGGAGUCUUCGGCUUACUGGCCUUCCACAUCUAGCCAGCGAUUCAUACCACGCUUGUCAGUUUGCAGAAUAUAUUUAAUGAUUAUAUUACAGUUAAAAGGGAGAAGAUUAUUAAAACACAAAAUUUCUGUAAGAAAAUUUAAGAGGGUGGGUUCAUAUAAUUUGAAUAAAUUAAUCAGCGUAAGGUCAUGUAUUUUGCCAAUAUAUAUGCACACAUUUAUUAAAAUGACUUGUAAUUAUCAGGGUAAUUAUCGAAGUAUCACUACUGGGCAACACGACUUCUCAUAAUAUGAUUAUCAGGUUCCAUGAUUGCAUACUGAGCUGCUUCUGGUAACCUAGGGCUAUUUACUCUUGGCAAUAAUGAGAUUGUCUUUUUGUAUUUUGAAGAAAAAAACCUCCAGAUAAUGCGGCCAUUUUUAAGAGAAGUGAGAGUAUCUGAGAACCAACAUAUUUGUAUACGGUCCAAUGUUUGGCACAACCUAUCUCUCAUGCUCUUAAAACUGUAUUGACAAUUAGCAUGAUUUAAUAUAAGACAAGUAAUAUUGUGUUUACAAAUCAAUGUAUUUACCUACUUAGAACUAUUCUAUUCAACUGUAUUAAAAACCUUAAUGAGUUUUCUUGUUUUCAUGUGAUACAAGGUUAAGCAACGGCAUCGCCCAUCCAUCCACAGGUUAUUAUUCUAAGCAAAUAUUGAAACCAUACCCCACUCAUACUGACCAAAGACUUAAAGAUACAUUAUGUAGGAUUUAGGUAAAGAGCUGGCCAUUCUUACUAUAAUAUAUUGCAAAUAGGUAAUGAAAAAUGAAUAUAUUUUGCCACGAAAUUAUGGAAGGCCAAAUGGGACAAUAUUCAUGAUUCUUGUUUCUA